AUGGCUCCACACCCAGGCUCCACAGAUGGCGCCACAGCCAGGCUCCACACCCAGGCUCCACAGAUGGCGCCACAGCCAGGCUCCACACCCAGGCUCCACACCCAGGCUCCACAGAUGGCGCCACAGCCAGGCUCCACAGAUGGCUCCACACCCAGGCUCCACAGAUGGCUCCACACCCAGGCUCCAGAGAUGGCGCCACACCCAGGCUCCACAGAUGGCGCCACAGCCAGGCUCCACAGAUGGCGCCACACCCAGGCUCCACAGAUGGCUCCACACCCAGGCUCCAGAGAUGGCGCCACACCCAGGCUCCACAGAUGGCGCCACAGCCAGGCUCCACAGAUGGCUCCACACCCAGGCUCCACAGAUGGCGCCACAGCCAGGCUCCACACCCAGGCUCCACAGAUGGCGCCACAGCCAGGCUCCACAGAUGGCUCCACACCCAGGCUCCACAGAUGGCUCCACACCCAGGCUCCAGAGAUGGCGUCACAGCCAGGCUCCACAGAUGGCGCCACAGCCAGGCUCCACACCCAGGCUCCACAGAUGGCUCCACACCCAGGCUCCACAGAUGGCGCCACACCCAGGCUCCACAGAUGGCGCCACACCCAGGCUCCACGGAUGGCGCCACACCCAGGCUCCACAGAUGGCGCCACACCCAGGCUCCACAGAUGGCGCCACACCCAGGCUCCACAGAUGGCGCCACACCCAGGCUCCACAGAUGGCGCCACACCCAGGCUCCACAGAUGGCGCCACACCCAGGCUCCACAGAUGGCGCCACACCCAGGCUCCACAGAUGGCGCCACACCCAGGCUCCACAGAUGGCGCCACAGCCAGGCUCCACAGAUGGCGCCACACCCAGGCUCCACAGAUGGCGCCACAGCCAGGCUCCACAGACGGCGCCCCAGACAGAGGGGGAACUGA